CAGCAGGUGGGUGGCAGCGAGCCCUCCUGGGAUAGACUCAGCAUCGGCAGCUGGCAGAGGCCUGGUUACCUGGGGACAGGGGUUUAGCGGAUCUGUCUCGGGAUCUCGCACCGGCUGUUGCUGGACGGGGCGCAGGGGCGGGGCCUAGGGCCUGGACUUAGGGGCACAAGGGGGGGAGGGCUCCUGGCCCCAGUCGCUGAAGCCCCUUAGUUUGUAGGGGAGAGCGGAGUGGCUGCCCCUAGGUGACGUCAGGUGGCCGCCUGGACCGCGCCCAAAGCCUCCCUUCCGUUCCGGUUCCAGGUCCUGGAGAUCUGGCCCUGCUCCGAGAAGGUUUAUUGCUGGGGCUCAGUGCCUGCAACAGGAAUCCACUGCUCCUGGAGGCUAUUUUUUCCCUUUUGUUGUCCUUGUUUAUGUUUUUUAAUCGUUGUUAUGGUUAUUAUUGUUGUUGUUAUUGAUGUUGUUGUUGGAUAGGAAGAGAGAACUGGAGAGAGGAGGGGAGACAGAGAGGGGGAGAGAAAGAUAGACACCUUAGGCCUGCUUCCCCACUUGUGAAGAGACCCCCCCACAGGUGGCGAGCCGGGGCUCGAACCCGGAUACUUACUCCGGUCCUUUAGCUUUGCACCACCUGCGCUUAACCCACUGCGCUACCGCCCAACCCCCUCCCCUGUGACUUUCUACCUAUAUCCUGCCCAUCCUAGCUCUUAGGUCUCGGGCGUGGACAGAGGCAGACCGAGCCACCUGCGAUUCCCCUCUGAUCCAGGGAGGUGCCAGCUGCAGACCUGGUGCUCUGCUUGCUGCCUGCCAUGGCCCCAGGGUGGUCCACCUCUGCCAGACUGGCGCACCUUUGCCAGAAGCUGAACCGACUGAAGCCACUUGAGGAGUCCACCAUGGAGACCUCACUGCGGCGCUGCCUGUCCACUCUAGACCUGACCUUACUGGGUGUGGGUGGCAUGGUGGGCUCGGGGCUGUAUGUGCUCACGGGCACAGUGGCCAAGGAGAUGGCUGGGCCUGCUGUGCUUGUGUCAUUUGGCAUAGCUGCAGUGGCUUCCCUGCUGGCAGCCCUGUGCUAUGCAGAGUUCGGGGCACGUGUGCCCCGGACAGGCUCUGCCUACCUGUUCACCUAUGUGUCCAUGGGAGAGCUGUGGGCCUUCCUCAUCGGCUGGAACGUGCUCCUUGAGUACCUAAUUGGCGGUGCCGCUGUGGCCCGAGCCUGGAGUGGCUACCUGGAUGCCAUCUUCAGCCACAGGAUCCGCAAUUUUACUGAGACCCACUUGGGUGUCUGGCAGGUGCCCUUUCUGGCCCACUAUCCUGACUUCCUGGCUGCUGGCAUCUUGCUUUUGGCUUCUGCCUUUGUCUCCUGUGGAGCCCGGGUCUCCUCCUGGCUCAAUCACACCUUCUCUGCCAUCAGCUUGGUGGUCAUCCUCUUCAUCAUCAUCCUGGGGUUUGUCCUGUCUCGCCCACACAACUGGAGUACUGAGGAGGGUGGCUUUGCACCUUUUGGCUUCUCUGGCAUCAUGGCUGGUACCGCUACCUGUUUCUAUGCCUUUGUGGGCUUUGAUGUUAUUGCUGCCUCCAGCGAGGAGGCACAGAACCCUCGGCGGGCUGUCCCGAUGGCCAUCGCCAUCUCCCUGAGCCUGGCAGCUGGUGCCUACAUCCUAGUUUCCACUGUGCUCACCCUCAUGGUACCCUGGCACAGCCUGGACCCCGACUCUGCGCUCGCCGAUGCCUUCUACCGGCGGGGCUACAGCUGGGCUGGCUUUAUUGUGGCAACUGGCUCCAUCUGUGCUAUGAACACAGUCCUGCUCAGCAACCUCUUCUCUCUGCCACGCAUUGUCUAUGCCAUGGCAGCCGACGGGCUCUUCUUCCAGGUGUUUGCCCAGGUGCAUCCCCGGACACAAGUGCCCAUGGUGGGCAUCUUGGUGUUUGGGGUUCUCAUGGCUUUCCUGGCGCUGUUGCUGGACCUUGAGGCACUGGUCCAGUUCCUGUCCAUCGGUACACUCCUGGCCUACACCUUUGUGGCUGCUAGCAUAAUUGUGCUCCGCUUCCAGAAGGCACCUGCUUCGGCCUCCCCAGGCCCAGCCAGCCCUGGCCCCCUAACCAAGGAAUACAACUCCUGCUCAGACCACAUCCAGCUGGUGGGCACUGAGCAGGGCUUGGCCCCAGAGCCUGGGCAACUGCGGCCAGCCCUACGGCCCUACCUGGGUUUUCUGGGCACACUCAGCCCUGGAGCUGCAGUGACCUGGGCACUCAGCACGCUGGUCACCUCUGCCAUCAUCCUAGGCUGUGUAUUGGUCUUUGGAGAACCCACAGUGCACCUUCCAUACUGGGGCUACACUUUGCUACUCCUGCUCAGCACUGCUGUGUUUCUGCUCAGUCUCCUCAUCCUGUGGGCCCACCAGCAACAAUGCCACCAGGACACCUUCCAGAUCCCCAUGGUGCCCCUGACUCCAGCCCUCAGCAUCCUCCUCAACAUCUGCCUCAUGCUGAAGCUGAGCUACCUGACCUGGCUGCGCUUUGCCAUCUGGCUACUGAUUGGGCUCGCAGUGUAUUUCGGCUAUGGCAUCUGGCACAGCAAGGAGAACCAGCGGGAGCUGCCUAGGCUGACCACCACACACUAUGUGGUAUUCCCCAGUAGCAACCUGGAAGAGAUGGUGCAAGCCGUGCAGCCCCCCGGCCAGGCACCAGACCAGGGAUCCUGCACAGAGCAGCCCUCCAGUCCAUGAAGACAACUGGGGGCCCAUCUACUCCCUCACCACAAGAGGCCCUGCUAUUUGAGGCACCUCAUGUUUGCCAAGCUGCCAUGCUCAGAGAAGAGAGAUUGGGAGUCAUCUCAAAACCACAGGGCCUUACUCCAGCUGCCGGUCUUCAUAUUUGUGAGUGGACUGUGGCAGCACCAGGGUUGUGGUCCCUUUGCCUAGAGCCUUCAAGUUUUUGACCAGUUCCAGCUUCCUGGGCAAACAGGGUGGGCUGAGUAAGGAAAAGGCCCAAAGCCCAGGGAUCCACAAUAAUAACUGUUUGGCCAGCUGUA